AGGAGCUGAUUGCCCGAUUUGCUCCAUCUGUCACCGGAGACUCUUAUGAUCUAGAUCUUACGUCAGGGGUAGGCAGUCAAAAGCGAUCAGGACCGAUUGACCGCUUAAUCAUGAGCAGUUCCUGCAACUCUUUUGCUCGAGAGUUCUUGGCUGAUGUCAACCAACUGUGCAAUGGUGGAACUCAAGGAUCAGAAGCAAAAGAAGAUGAAGAAGAGGAGAGCAACAUGGCAGUGCUUGGGGAAUACCUUGUCAAUGGUCGUGGAUUGUGGCUACUUAGAACUCUGAAUGCUAACAUCGAUCAGGAUUUAACAUGCCGAGAGGAACUCCUUACGUUACUGAUAUCUUUGCUGCCUUUGGUUUGGAAGAUACCUGUACAAGAAGAAAAAGCAAGAGAUUUCUAUCUCCUUCCACUUUUAACGGACUUGUUUGUGACCAAGGAUACAAAGCAAUCUCAUCAACAAUCUCAGGAAAACUCAGCUGCUGAAGCAACCUCACAAUUAGAGUUCAUGUCUCCUUUAAAAAUUAAUUUGCCACAACACAAAUCAAAAACAUCAUGCAAAACUAAACCUCAAAAUUCAUCGAAGGAUGCAAGAAAAUCCCAGUGGUCUUCAUCAGAUUCUGAAGCAAACUUGGAUGACACGUCACCUGCAAUGAUUAAGCAAAGACGCCCACAUGCUCCUCAAACAGCUGCUAUGUAUCAUUUCCGAAAAUCCAUGCAAAAAGGAGAAUUUAAUAUGACUCCAGAUACUAUACAUUCUGAAAAUGUAAGCCCUCCAGUGGAAACUGGGUCUGAGAUUUUAAGUGAUAUUGCUGCCUUACAUAUUGUGCAAAGCAUGGAUAACUCCCCCUUUGAUCUUUGUCAUGUCUUAUUGUCCUUGUUAGAAAAGGUUUGCAAAUUUGACAUUCUGUUAAAUCUAAAUUCUUCAAUAACAGCAUGUGUAAUUCCAACAUUAACAGAGUUUCUUUCAGGAUUUGGCGACUGUUGUUCUUCUAAGAUACUUUCAACAGGCUGGUCUGAUGAAUCUGUAGCACUUGUGCAAAGGAUGUUGUUACGAACUGUGUUACAUCUACUGUCUAUAGACAUUGGCAGUAUGGAUGUUAUGCCUGAUCAUCUGAGGAAGAACCUUGUUGAUUUAUUAAGAACAACUCUAAAAAUUAAAUCUUUCCUAGAGAAAAAUACAGACCCUUUUGCACCAAGACAGAAGAAAACACUACAAGAAGUUAAAGAUGAAUUUAAUUUUUCAAAAUGUCGUCACCAAGCUCUCCUUUUACCAGAGCUUCUAGAAGGCAUUUUGCAAAUGAUUCUGUCAUGCCUUCAGUCUGCAGCCCCAAACCCUUUUUAUUUCAGCCAGUCUAUAGAACUUUUGCAUGAAUUCAUACAACACAAUGGAUUUGAGUUGUUUGAAAGGGCAAUACUUCAAAUGGAAUGGAUAUGUUCAAAAGAUGACAACAUUUCUUCUCAAGCAUCUGACCAUGUGAGUAUUCUCAUUAGCAGCAUUAUAAAAAUAAUCAGCGUGAUCAAAAAAAUUAAAUCGGAACAGCUCCACCAAUCUGUGUGUACAAGAAAGAGACAUAGGAGAUGUGAAUUAUCAACGUUCCUACACCAUCACCGGGAUCUCUCAGGACUUCCUGUAUCACUCUUUAAAAGCCAGGUUUUCAAAAAUCCUUUUGAUGAGAAUGCAAAUGGAGAAGUUCAUUAUCCGGAACGGAGCUGUUGCAUUGCAAUAUGUGCACAUCAGUGUCUUCGGUUACUUCAGCAAGUUUCCUUAACCACUACCUAUGUACAAAUUCUCUCUGGUAUUAACAGUGCUGGAAUUUGCUGUUGUAUGGAUCCCAAAUCCGUCAUAAAACCACUGCUUCAUGCAUUUAAAUUGCCUGCAUUAAAAAAUGUUCAGCUAAACAUAAUGGCUAUCCUCACAAACCUUGUGCUAGAUCAGUUAGGUGGAGCUGGAGUUUCUUUUAAUGUUAAACAAGCUUCGUGUAACAUAUGCAUCAUGGAUGGUGAACAUUUAGAAGAAUUGCAAGAUGCAAUUCAUGGGCAGGAUACAGAUUCUAGUUUAAGCUCAUACAGUCAUUCCUAUAAAUAUCAAGGAAUUUUACCAUGUGCUGGAUCAGAAGACAUGAUAUGGAAAUGGGAUGCACUAAAAGCAUAUCAAGAUAUUGUUUUUGGAAAUGACAUAGAACUUGGUUUGCAAAUUGCUGGCCAUAUAUGCUAUUUAAUCCAGAAAGGCAAUGCAGUUGUCCAGUGGAAAAUGUACACCCUUAUUUUUAAUGGGAUCUUACAACGAGGAGUAGAGAUGGCACAUCAUUCCCAACAUUUGGGUGUAACGACAUCAUGCAACAAAGCUUGCAGUUACCACAUGAAGUGUUUCUCAGAAGAUGUGCUUAAGAUGUAUUUACACGCGUUGCCUAAUCUGCUGAAAAUCAGUGUGGUAAAAGAAGCUUUCCUUAAUUUGAAUGGAUUAAAUCAAAUGAUUGAACUUCAUUAUUUAGACUCCGUGAGGUGCCUGUGUUUGAAAGUGUUUGAAACACUUAUAAUCUCCACUGAUGAACAACAGAUUGACUACCUAAUGCCAGAAAUUGGAAAUGAAAAUGAUAAAACAGAACCAACACAGGAAUCAUAUCUUCUCCUUCAGAACCAGCAAUCAUGUUCAGAUGUUUACCAGAGUUUGAGUAAAUUCUAUGCAGGUUUAAAAGAUGCUUCUCCAAAGAGGAAAAAGGAAGUACACCAGAAUAUAAACACAAUAAACAUAUUUCUUUGCUUGGCCUUUUUGUGUGUAAGCAAAGAGGCAGAAACUGAACAUGAAUACGCAAAUGAAUCUGAAGACACCUCUGGUUAUGAUAGCACAGCAAGUGAACAUUUAAGCAACAUUUUACCAAAGUUGCCAAUGGAAAGCCUUGUUUUGCCUUCUGCAGAGCAUAUAUACAGAGCAGCAGACAUCUGGUCUAUGUGCUACUGCUUAUACUUAUCAAGUUCAGUGUUCCAGAAGCAAUUUCAUAAACUUGGCAGCUCUGAUUUAUGUCAUCGACUUGUAAUAAUGAUAAUCCAAAAACUUUCCAAUUUCAGAGACGACCGAAAACAAAACCUGCAUACUCCAAGUCUUGAUACCUUAAACAAUACCGCAAAAGAAAGAUCUUGCCUGGGGUUACAAGCCAUGAAAGAAAAUGAAAGUAAAACAUUAUCUGAAGAGCUUUCUUUAAAUGACUUUAAAGAACUUGGGGCUCAUAGUUCAACUGAUUCAUCCUGUGGUUUAAUUGGGACUGAAAAGAAAAACAAGUGGUCAGUUCAGACUGUGAGAUUUCUUGAAGCUUUGUUAUCUAUAUGUCUUCAUAGUGCAGGAAACAGUCAACAGAAAACGGAUAUUGACGCAUCUUUGCAGAAUCUGUCUGUUCAACACAUUAUACUAGGAAUUCAGGACCAGCUAUCCAAAUCACGGAUACUUUGUACUGAUCUUGCCAAGCCUAUCUUUGAUUGUCUUUUUCGCAUUGCUGUUUCAGAUUUUACUUUUGACCCUUUUGAAGAGCAAAAUGAAAAGGAACACAAAUUUAGCAAUAACAUAAUUUUACAGACUGAAGAGCUCUCAGAAGGGCCUGAUGAGGUACGCAGUUGCACCUUAAAAAUAUAUGCAGAAGAAGAAGGUUAUGAAGCAGAUAGCGAAAGUAACCCAGAAGAUGCUUCUGGAGGAGAAGCAGAAAUUAAAGCAGAGUCAGGAGAAAUGGGGAAUUCUUGCAAUCAAGGAGACAUAAGCAGUAAUGGAGAUUUGUUGUAUCCUGAAAUCUGUUCAAUGACAUUGAAUUUACUUUCACUCGAUCAUAAAAACAUAAAUUUAGUUACCCAUGUUUUUCAUACUCUUUUGAAAAUAACAAGGACAAAGAAAAAAAAUGCAAAGCUCCUAAUUCAACAGGGCUUAAUAAACACUCUACUCACUGGUUUUCAGCAUAUCUUAACAAACGGUGAUCCUGACUUACAAGAUUGCCAUGAAAUUCAGAUUGACCUCUUGGUUACCUUAAUGAGUUACAGAACCUGUUCCGAUGAACUAGCACUCUUUCUACGGUAUUUUCUUGGGACAGCACUACCAUUUGAUAUAUUACUUAAAGGAAUUUUGAAAAUUAUAGAGAAUAACCACAUAGCACCUCUGAAGUACAUCACUUUUCCCCUGGAACAAAUUCCUUUUCUGGGCAGUGUUUCGGUGAAGCCUAAUGUUUCCACUAGUAAAAUGACAGGAUUCUUAAGAAGAACUAAAUUUUUACAAAAUAAGGAUACCGUUGGUGACCAUUCGAGUGGUCUUAUCUCUUCAUGGCACAUUUCUCCUAUUCAUUUGCCUUUGGUUGGACAAAACUGCUGGCCACACAUGUCUGAUGGCUUUAGCUUUACUCUUUGGUUUAAUCUAGAGCACAAUUCAGAAGUGGAGAGUUUGAUGGUCAAAGGAAUAAAGAAAAAAAAAAAACAAUUUCCUAUUCGAGCUGAGAACCCAGAAAGCAAAAAGGCUGCUGGACUUGAAUAUAACAUUAAUGAUAAACUUACCGAGGAUGGCUGUAUACACAUUCUUUCAUUGGGAUCAAAGGCAUUGAUGCUGCAAAUCUGGGCAAAUGUGAUCACGGGUCAUAUUAUUUUUAGAGUUUGUGUUGAUGCAAAUGAUGAAGCUAAAAGUGGCGUGCUAGCACAGGCUGAAACACAUGAAAGUAUUUUCCUUCCUGGAAAUUGGCAACAUUUGGCUUUCACUUACCAAGAACAAUCUGAAAGUAAAAAAAAAGCCUGCAGCAAAAUAACCAUGUGGGUCUCAGGUCAAAGAAAGCGUGAAGUUCUUAUGGAAUAUGUUCCUCCCCGGAAAGCAGGCCUAUCAUCUGAUAAUAAUAAAACAUUUUGUUUGAUUGGCCACUGCCCUUCUCAAGAAGAAAGGACUCAUCUAGCCGGAAUACUGAAUAUGGGAAACUUACUUCUAUUUAAUGGUGCAAACAUUGGUGUGGAGGAGGCAUUUGAAUUAUAUUGUCGAGGUCCUGAUUUCACGUCUUUGAUGCCUUGUAAAUAUGGCAAAAUUGUUACAGAUCAUUCCAAGUAUAUAUCUAAAGACAUUUUGCAAAAUGAUGAGAUUAAGGAUCUUCUUAUGAAAAACAGAGACAUUGACAUUGAUCAUUUAACUGAAAAUCUUGCUGUUGUAUACAAUAUGUGCAAUCCAGCUCAGUACACAAUAUAUGAACCAGUAAUAAGAAUAAAAGGAAGUAUAAAAACUGCACCUUCUCAGAGACCAUUCAGCACAAAGGAUAUAACCAGCAACAGUUUGGAUUCAGUAUCUUUGAAAAUGUUGCAGCCCUCUCUCCUGAAAAACAUACAAAGCAUCCUACAUGAGAUUGGAGGAAUUGGAACAUUUGUAUUUCUUUUUGCAAAGAUCGUAGACAUCAGUAAUUGUGAAGAUACACAAGCAUUAGCGUUACAGAUCAUAUUGUCUUUGACAAAGUGCAAUCAGCAAAGAAUUCAAGAGAGCGAAAACUGUGAUGUGUAUUUCAUGAUUCAUCAAGUUUUAAUAAGACCUAAAUGUGUUGUUGGAUUUCAUAUUUUAAAGACUCUUCUCAAGGGAUGUACGGGUAAUGAAAUGAUCAGCUUUUGUGAGAAUGGAAAAUGUACCCUCAAUGUAGAUUCCACUUCUGUGAUCCAGGAUGUGAGACUGUUAGAAAAUCUGCUUUUGGAUUGGAGAAUCUGGGCAAAGGCAGAGGUGGGCGUGUGGGAAACUCUGUUAACUGCUUUGGAGAUCUUAAUUAGAGAUACCCAUCCUCAAAAAGUUUUUAACAUCAAACAGUUAUUAAAAGCCCGGGUAAUUCAUCAUUUCUUACUGGCGUGUCAAAUUCUUCAGGCACAUAGAGAAGGACAUCUUACAUCCAUACCCCAAGAUGUGUGUCGAUCGUAUGUGAAAAUCAUUGAAGAAGUGCUUGGAUCACCUCCAGAUUUGGAACUACUGAAGCUAAUCUUCAGCUUCCUGUUGGCAGUCCACCCUCCCACUAAUACUUAUGUUUGUCAUAAUCCCAACAACUUUUUCUUCUCUUUACACAUAGAUGGAAGAAUAUUUCAAGAAAAAAUCAAGUCAAUUGUUUAUCGGAGGCAUUGUAGCUACGGAGGACAGCCUAGUGUUAGUCCUGGGUUUUCAAGCAGAAUGGCUUAUGGAUUUCCUGAAUCAUUGCCUAAAGGGAGUGAUGUCUCAGUAUUUUCUUCCCAACAACAUGGAUAUCUCUCUGUAGUACAGAAAACUCGUUCUAGAAGUCUUCCAGCCUCUCCUGCCACUUCGCCUAAAAUACCUCCAAAAAGAUUAGGUGGAAGUUUAGGUAGGAGUAAUGAAGACUUAAAAAUGACUCCUGAAAAUUAUUCUGAGAGUCAAACGAAAGUGAGCUGUUCUGAAGGGAGUACAGACACUCUGAAAAGGAGAGAGGAACAAUACAUGAGCAGCUGUGAAUCUGCAAAAACAGUUUGUGAAUCUGAGAUUUCCCCAGCUAAUAUCACAAUCCAUUCUUUGUCUGAAGAUAUAGAAGCCCCCAUGUUCCAUUUUGAAAACAAAGAGGAUGUCACAGUUCAGAAAUUCACUCAUGAAAGUGCUAUAGAUGAAAUGGCACUGCAACGCCCUGAUCAUUUGACAGGUGUUUACUCUCUCAAGAAAGGUCAAAGCAAUAUGACAAGCUUAGGUCUAGCUUUUCCUCCAGCUACAACAUGUUGGACAACUAUUCCAGAGAAAAAAGAUUCUGACGAAUGGGAUAACUUGAAUUUCUCCCCACUUUUUAACCUUGCACAAAGUAGAUAUGACAGUGUGGAAGAAAGAUCAAUGGAGGAUUGCAUUAUACUUGUAUGUUGUGGGCUUUACAAUCUUUUACGCGGUGUUCUCCUUACCAUGCCAGAUCUCAUGCUCGGAGAUGUCAUGGACAAUGUUGUUCAGCCUGAUAUCUUGAUAGUUUUGGUUAACCAUCCAUCCCCUCUGAUUCAGCAAGGUGUGAUCAAAUUGCUAGAUGCAUAUUUCCACCGGGCCUCCAAAGAGCAGAAAGAGAAGUUCCUGAGAAAACAUGGCUUUUCCUUAUUGGCAAACCAAUUGUAUCUUCACCAAGGAACUCAAGGGGUUAUUGAGUGCUUAUUAGAAAUGUUUUUUGGACGGCAUUUUGGACUUGAUGAAGAGUUCGAAGUUGAUGAUAUUAAAAAUACCAGCGUUUUUCGUAAAUGGUGCAUCAUACCUCUGCUUGGACUGAUUGAGAAUUCCUUAUAUGAUGUCACAUUACUGCACAAUUCCUUCUGCCUUUUGCUUCAGAUUCUCAACUCCUGCUCAAAAGUAGCAGAUAUGCUGCUUGAUAAUGGUUUACUGUAUGCAUUUUGCAACACAUUAGCAGCAUUAGGUGGCAUAGAAACAAGUGUCCCUUCAGAAGAAUACAUUUUACUUGUCUGUGAUAUACAACAGUUGCUGAUUGCUGUUACAAUACAUUCCUGCAGUUCCUCUGGAUCUCAGUAUUUUCGAAUUAUUGAAGAUCUAAUCAUAUUACUUGGGUAUCUCAAUGAGAGCAAAAACCAAAGGAUACAAAAUUUGGCAGUUUUACUGCAAUUUAAAGUUUUGCAGUCAGCCAUAGACUUCAUGAAGACAACAGCAAACCAAGAUUCUCAAAGUCUUGCAAGUUCAUUCAGUUUUGUCUCUACUCCUCAUCAUGCCAAAUAUCCAAAAAGAAAAAGUAUUGCCGGUGUUCAUAGAUUAUCUAUUGCCCAAUCUGACCCUUUAUUAAUGACAAUGCGUACAGUUGCAAGCAACGAACUCACAGUGAUGAUGCAGAGAAGAAUGAGUCAAGAAAAUCCAAUAAGAGCUUCUGAAUCUGAAUUUGUGCAACGUCUUCAAAAACUGACACUUUUAGCUGUGAAUAGACUUAUAUACCAAGAUAUUAGUUCAAAUUGUCUUGCUGAUUUUAAUGCAACAGAUACAUCAGACAAAAGGAGAUAUUCAGGAUCACAGUUUGACAUACCUGAAGAAGAAAUGCAGCUUGGUCUUUCCAAUGUUAUAAGCAGGUUUCAAGAUGAAAUGCUUAAAACCAUGAUUGAAGGAAUUUUUCUGGGAACAAGCAGAAGUAGUUCUCCCAAGCAUCAGUGGAAGACAAUUCUCUGGUCCAGUAAAGACACAUUUCGUGUUCAGCUUGGAAGGCUUCUUGUACACCUUUUAUCUCCAUCACAGCCACUUGAGGAAAGAAGAAAGGUUCUUGAACUAGUAGUACAAGAACCAAAGCAUCAAGAAAUUCUUAGAGAUUGUUUACAUUUCAAUCCUCAUUUACAACAUGGUCCAAAACUAGGCCUUUAUUUAUAUGAGCUAAUGCACAACCAUAAAGAAGAGCUGACAAAAGAAGAACAGAAGACUGGAGGACUAUUUAUGAGUGCAUUAAAAUCGGCUGGUUUCAAAUGUGUGCCUCCUAAUGCUCCACCUAAGCCUGAUUUAAUGAAAGCUGUACAAGAGGAACAGGAGAAGUAUGAGAAUGAGGAGACUGCAAGUAAAACUGCAUGGAAAAAAACAAUUUUAAACAAUCAGCACAAGCUCUUUCAGCGUCUUGAACCAAAAUUAAAGGAUGUUUCCAAAAUUGCUGGUGAUAUAACUCAAAGUGUGUCAUUAUCUCAGGGAAUGGAGAGAAAGAAGGUUAUUGAACAAAUUCGAAGCAUGUACAAAGUUGACUUAAGUGCAAGCCGCCACUGGCAAGAGCUAGUUCAGCAACUAACACAUGAUAGGGCUGUGUGGCAUGAUCCAGAAUUGUACCCAUCAUCAUGGCAACUGGACCCAACAGAGGGCCCAAACAGAGAGCGACGACGUUUACAAAGGUGCUACUUAACAAUUCCAAACAAGUAUAUUCUUAGGGACAGGCAAAAACCACAAGAAACCGUAAUACCACCACUCUCAUAUCUUUUGGAAGACCGAACGCAUUCCUCAUAUUCAUCAACUGUGAAAGAUAAAGCAGCAAGUGAACGCAUACGAGUCAACAGAAGAUGCAUCAAUGUAGCACCAGCAAGAGAAACCGUAGGAGAAAUAUUACUUGGUAAAACAGGGAUGUACUUUCUUGAAGACAAAGCGGCUGACACAGUGGAAUCUAUUUCUCUAAAUGGAGAAACAGAAGCUGCAUCUUUUUCCUGGACAUAUGAAGAAAUCAAAGAAGUCCACAAACGUUGGUGGCAGUUGCGAGAUAAUGCUGUAGAAAUAUUUUUAACAAAUGGAAGAACCUUAUUAUUGGCUUUUGACAACACAAAAGUCCGUGAUGAUGUUUACCACAACAUAUUGGCCAAUAAUCUUCCUAAUCUUUUAGAGUAUGGUAAUAUCAAUGCUCUUACUCAUCUGUGGUGUACUGGGCAGAUAACUAAUUUUGAGUACCUUACACAUUUAAACAAACAUGCUGGGCGUUCCUUCAAUGAUUUAAUGCAGUAUCCAGUUUUUCCAUUCAUACUUCGGGAUUACACCAGUGAAACACUUGAUCUCACUGAGCCAACAAUAUACAGAACUCUAUCAAAGCCCAUUGCGGUGCAAUCAAAAGAAAAGGAAGAUCGUUAUAUAGACAAUUACAAGUAUUUAGAAGAUGAGUAUUGUAAAGGAGAUAGAGAAGAUGAUCCAAUGCCGCCAGUUCAGCCAUACCAUUAUGGAUCUCAUUACUCAAACAGUGGCACAGUACUUCAUUUCCUGGUCAGAAUGCCUCCCUUUACAAAGAUGUUUUUAGCAUACCAAGAUCAAAGUUUUGAUAUACCUGACCGAACAUUUCAUUCCAUGAAUACAACAUGGCGUUUGUCUUCUUAUGAGUCAAUGACUGAUGUUAAAGAGUUGAUUCCGGAAUUUUUCUACUUACCAGAGUUUUUGGUAAACCGAGAAGGGUUUGAUUUUGGUGUUCGACAAAAUGGUGAGAGGGUGAAUCAUGUCAAUUUACCACCUUGGGCACGAAACGAUUCGCGUCUCUUUAUCUUGAUUCAUCGCCAGGCACUGGAAUCAGAUCACGUUUCUCAAACAAUUUGUCAUUGGAUUGAUCUUGUGUUUGGCUAUAAACAGAAGGGCCGUGCCGCAGUACAAGCUAUCAAUGUGUUCCAUCCAGCAACAUAUUUUGGAAUGGAUGUAUCUGCAGUUGAAGAUCCCGUUCAGAGGCGUGCCUUGGAAACCAUGAUUAAAACAUAUGGCCAGACACCACGACAACUGUUUCAGUCUGCACAUGUCAGCCGACCUGGGUCCAGACUUCUAAUGGAAGGGGAACUUCCUGCUGCUAUGGGAUUACUAGUUCAAUUUGCAUUUCGGGAAACCCGAGAAAGCCAGAAGGAAAAUGCUUAUCCUAGUCCUCUACCAUGGAUAAGAGGUCUGAAAUGGGGUGAAUAUGUUGGGUCUCCCAGUGCUCCUGACCCCAGUGUUUGCUUUAGUCAGCCUCAUGGAGAACGGUUUGGCUCCCUACAGGCUUUACCCACCAGGGCAAUAUGUGGCUUGUCUUGGAAAUUCUGCUUAAUGAUGAUCUACAGUAAAGAGCAAGGUGUCCGGAGCAUGCACAGUACUGAUAUUCAGUGGUCUGCAAUCCUUAGUUGGGGAUACGCAGAUAACAUUUUAAGACUGAAAAGCAAACAGAGUGAGCCUCCAGUGAAUUUCAUACAGUGCUCUGAGUUGCAUCAGGUCACAAGUUGUGCAUGGGUGCCAGACAGUUGUCAGCUCUUUACAGGAAGCAAAUGUGGUGUUAUCACAGCCUAUUCCACUCGUUUUACAAACAGCACGCCAUUGGAAAUUGAAGUUGAAUCACAGGUGCAUCUUUACGGGCAUUCUGCGGAGGUAACCAGCUUGUUUGUUUGCAAACCCUACAGUAUAUUAAUUAGUGUCAGCAAGGAUGGAACAUGCAUCAUAUGGGAUUUAAACAGGUUAUUCUAUGUGCAAAGUCUCACUGGGCACAAAAGCCCGGUUACAGCUGUCUCUGCCAGUGAAACAACUGGGGAUAUCGCCACAGUCUGUGAUUCAGUUGGAGGUGGCAGUGAUCUGCGACUGUGGACUGUCAAUGGUGACCUUAUAGGGCAUGUGCAUUGUAGAGAAAUCAUCUGCUCUGUUGCUUUUUCUAACCAGCCUGAGGGAGUGUCUGUCAAUGUGAUAGCAGGGGGACUGGAAAAUGGAAUUGUACGGUUAUGGAGUACUUGGGACCUGAAACCAGUGCGAGAAAUUACUUUUCCCAAAUCCAACAAACCAAUUGUAAGCCUUACGUUUUCCUGUGAUGGCCAUCAUCUAUAUACAGCCAACAGUGAAGGGACUGUAAUUGCCUGGUGCCGAAAAGACCAACAACGUUUGAAAUUGCCAAUGUUCUACUCAUUCCUCAGCAACUAUGCAGCAGGCUAAAAACGAAAAAUCAAUAUGCCAUACAUUAUUCUCUAAUGGCAUGUUUUGAACUAUAUAUCUAGAAUUGAUAAAUCAAAAUGAAAACAAUGCAACACAUUCUGUAGUAAAUAUCGACCCUUUGCUUUAUUUGAGAAGCAUUAUAUAAAGCUGUAUGAUAUGCAGCAUCAUGUCUUAUCUACGUUAUGCUUUUGUUCCAUGUUUGAUGGUUCUCGAGGACUAAAAAGCUUCUGUAAUAUAUGUAUGCUAUAAUUUCUUAGAUUUGUAAUCAUUA